CCUAACUACCAUUUAAUUACAACAGUAAUAGCCUUUCGAUAUUCAUGUUUCUGUUUAAGCCUGUGCCUGUAAAAGCUCGCGUUUUCAAAAUAUAAUCAGAGCAAAAAAACAGCAACCUCAAAGACGCCUAUGUAUAUGAAUUUGGAGAAAUAGCAUUUUAGCACGUCCCGAGAAUUAGGCAACAAAUCUGUUGCAAGUCUAGAAGCAUUUUUUGAUUUUUGUCUCUAGAGAGGAUAGCCCUACUUCUACGGCAGGCUACUUCAACUUUAAGCCUAGUUUGGACAGAAGAAACGGAAGUGACGACACCCAAGCGACCGCAAGUUUUUUUUUAUGACUGACAGCAAAUUAUUAGGAGUAUAAGCCUUGGCAACAAAACGAUGUCUCACAUGUACAAGCUGCAGCCCACAGUUGUAAUUCAAACGUUCGAACGUGAGCCUAGCUAUAGCUAGUGUUGUUGGCCUGGACAUCUGACUACAUUGUUAAUGAUUUCUCAAAAGUCGAAUGAAAAACGGAAGAUUUCUGAAGUGGACACAAUACCCGUAGCGUACCCAUGCCAGUCGCAUGCGUUCUCUAUCGCUAGCAUGUUGUAUCGCUAUCCUGUGCUAGCUAACUCGCUCUAGGACGGUCGUAAGUUAGCUAGCUACACUGUGUGUUAGUGAAUUAGAAAGCUAGUUAUCCAAAUAUUGGAAAUUAUACAUAAAUAAUACAAGAUGUGUUGCUUGUAACCUAGUGAGGAAGUGCCAUACCAAGUCAAUGCCACACGCCUCCGUGUUGCAACCUUUACGAAUUCGUGGCUUAAGGAGGUCGAAGGAGGUGUUGUAACGUAGACAACGGCGCGUUUUAAGCGGGGAAGCGGUUACCUCGGGAGGUAGGCUAUUUCAGUGUACAUGCAACUCAGGACAAGACACUUUGGAUUGAUGACUGGAAACAUUUGUAACAUUCAGUGGACAGCGUCUGUAGGAUUUGUGUGAAGUGUUUCAAUACCAUUCGACUAACGGGUGGGGUUGGUAGCCUACCUUGAACGAGGCACAUCCAAAACACUAACAGAAGAAAAGUUUGGAUGUUGGCAGCUUGACAGAGAACGUGUCAGCUAACUGGUGAUGGCGAAACCCGAGUCGAAAAGAGGUGCCAUGGCCUUUGUCGCCGGAAGACCUGCUGCGGCACCGGAGGACCAGGUCAACAACGGGUCACUCGACCCGUCACCAUCCUCCAGUUCUCACGACACAUCACAUACCACAGUGGCAGCCAACAAGUCUAAAUCUGGUAAACAGACGUCUAAGGAUCACCUGUCGCGACGGACAACCGAGAGUGAAGUGUUUGACGACGGGACCAACACAUUUUUCUGGCGAGCACACACAGUCACGGUGCUGUUCAUCCUUACCUGUGCCCUGGUGUACGUCACACUACUGGAGGAGACGCCACAGGACACGGCGUACAACACCAAAAGAGGGAUUAUCGCCAGCAUUCUGGUGUUCCUCUGUUUCGGUGUGACCCAAGCCAAGGAUGGACCCUUCACCAGACCGCACCCAGCCUACUGGCGGUUCUGGCUGUGUGUCACGGUGGUCUAUGAGCUCUUCCUCAUCUUUAUCCUUUUCCAGACGGUGCAUGACGGACGCCAGUUCAUGAAGUACAUCGACCCGAAGCUGGGCGUGCCUCUGCCGGAGAGGGACUAUGGCGGCAACUGCCACUUGUACGACCCGGACAACACCACCGACCCCUUUCACAACAUCUGGGACAAGAUGGAUGGCUUUGUUCCGGCACAUUUCCUUGGCUGGUACAUUAAGACGCUGAUGAUUCGAGACUGGUGGAUGUGUAUGAUCAUCAGUGUCAUGUUCGAGUUCUUGGAGUACAGCUUGGAGCAUCAGCUGCCCAACUUUUCUGAAUGCUGGUGGGAUCAUUGGAUAAUGGAUGUGUUGGUGUGCAACGGACUGGGAAUCUACUGUGGGAUGAAAACCCUGGGCUGGCUGUCCAUGAAACCGUACCAGUGGCAGGGACUGUGGCACAUCCCCACAUACAAGGGGAAGAUCAAGCGUAUAGCCUUUCAGUUCACACCCUAUAGCUGGGUGAAGUUUGAAUGGAAGCCUGCCUCAAACCUUCGUCGCUGGCUAGCAGUCCUAGGCAUCAUUUUCAUGUUCCUGCUGGCUGAGCUCAACACCUUCUACCUGAAGUUUGUGCUGUGGAUGCCCCCGGAGCACUACCUGGUGCUGCUGCGCCUCGUCUUCUUCGUCAACGUGGGCGGAGUGGCCAUGAGGGAGAUCUAUGACUUCAUGGAUGACCCGAAGUUCCAUAAAAAGCUGGGCCAGCAGGCAUGGCUGGUAGCAGCCAUUACGGUCACAGAGUUCCUCAUCGUGGUGAAGUAUGACCCCCACACCAUCACACUGCCCAUCCCCUUCUCCGUCACACAGUGCUGGAUUCUGGGGAUGUUCCUCAUCUUCAGCUGGACACUGUGGCGCUUCUUUUUCCGGGACAUCACGCUCCGCUACAAGGAGACCCGCCGGCGCAACCAGGAAGGCACAGGGGAGCGGGAACGACACCUUGGCAACAGUAACAAUGGCAACGGUAGCCCGGCAACCACGUCUGGGCGCAGCAAACUUAACGGCAGCACCGAGGCAGUGAGACAGAGGAAGUCCUGAGGACCCCCCGGCAGGGAUCACACUGCACUGCACUGCACUGUGUCUCGGAGGGAUGAAGGGAAUGGUGGAUGGAGGGAUGAAAAGGUGGAUAAAAUGGACAGAUGGAAGGCAGAGGCACUCUGUUUUUGCUGCUGUUGCUGCUGCCAUUCCCACAUUCAGAAACCUCACCAACGUCAUCCUAUCCAGGGCGUAGGUGGGCUGCUGUGUGUGUGUGUGUGUGUGUGUGUGUGUGUGUGUGUGUGUGUGUGUGUGUGCGCGCGCACCAGAACUGUCAUUCCAAUGCUGACUUGUCACUGUUAACAUUAUUCACAGAAGCAAACAAACCCAGAGUUGAGGUGAGGAGGGGAUUUUAAAGAAAGGGGGCAUGAAUCGGGUCCAUGGGGAACAAAUUUGGGUGUCAAAACAUGUGAAAUCACAGGAAAUCAGUAAUUCUUAAUUUUUCCAAAGGUGGGGAAAAUCAGUGUGCGACUAGUCUUUGGUGUGUGUGCGUGUGGGAUAACUGGAUUAAUGGCAAUAAAGCCUGAGCCUUGCAAACAAUGACCUUUUCUCACUGACUAGCUAUACUGAUUGCAGUAUCCUUGCCAACGCAGAUGCAGUUUUAAGACGUGUUCGGUCAUGCUCAUUGACUAGCAUUUGGGUUAGUGAACAGUGUUUUGAAGCAGAAUUCCACGCUCAAAUUCAAUGAGGCUGACUGCUGCAUCACAAACUCUAAUAUAUUUUUAGACUCUGUGAGAAGUGGCCAUUGUAAGGCCUGCGUGUGGGUGAGUCUCUUGAUGAAGAUGUUUCGCUCCCUUCUCUUUGCCUUAUUGACACAAGAGAUGUGUGGCUCGUAACUUUGAUGGAAGCUCUUAUGUUAUUUUUCAGUUUUUUUUUUUUUUGUUUUGUUUGUUUGUUUUUUAGUUUAAUUUGUAUUGCACUUACAUGUCCUUAGCACAGGGUUUAAGCGAGGGGCUUUCUGCUGCUAUGCAAUAAUGAAGGUUCACUACCAUAGUUUCUUCCCCAGUGCAGAUCACAGGAUUUUGGUGGAGUUUUGUCAGACGUAGUUUUGAAGAAUGGCAAUGCCUUCCCUUAACAUGUAGGUCUCAUUUCUACAUUUUCGUAUUAAACCAGAAAGAGGAUUGGCAUCAUUGGAGUUGUAACUAACUAGAUUGGGUUCACCUGUUAGCUAUUGUCUUUGUUAAAUAUAGCAAAAUACAUCAAUUGUUUUACCAAAUGGAAACAGAAGUCUGCAAGUCAAGCCCUGUGAUCUCAAUGGGUCGGAUCACCCAUAACUUAAAUAAGAGUGAUUGGAGUGACAUGCUUGUCAAUGGAUUCAUUCUUCUGUUUCCAAGCGUAUAGAUGAAGAAGGCCACGUUCAAAGCCUCACUAUUCCACAGUGCACAUGGGUGCCAGCACUACCUAGCAACAUGUUCUUCACACUCAUUACCUCCUGGAGCAGAAGGCAGAAUAACUCAAAUGUACUCUGAAGGAUACUGCAUAGUUAGUACUCCACUACAUAGAUAUUUAUAGUUUUAUUUUAGUUGUUAUUUCUCUUUCAAUUAAUUUGUAACAAAAUGUUAAAACUCAGAAUAUAUGUUUCAGAUGGUAUUACAAAACUGACAUAGUCCUUAAAAUUCACAAUAAACUCUUGCCAGUACCACUAGGUGGGACAAUCACACUAACUUGAGUCUUUGAUGGAUUAACUGUUGCUAUAAGGAUUCGGAAGCCAAACCCUGACCUAAUGUACAGUUAUCAGGUUAAAGUGUCGGUUACUAGAGGAUGUUUUUUUUUUUUGGGGGGGAGUUAGGGUGUUUGUUUUGCGUAGAAGAGAGUCCUGGAAGCCCAUCACUAUUAGCCACAUAACCACCCAAUUGUGUGGAUUUGUAUGCUGAAGCCAUACUUUGUGACAUUGAUGCUCAAAUGUAACUGUUUCUAUCUGCUGUCCUUUUAACAUCGUCAGACCAGGAACUCCUCGGAAAUCACAAGCCAUUGGCCAUUGUAAAUGCUGUCUGUAUGCCGUGUCGAUGGUUGGUGUUAAUGUUUUGAAUGCACAAACAUGUAAGGAAAAAAGAGACAAAAGCAGUAACCAAAAUAGUUUUUUUUUCCAGUGUAUGUGUAGUAGUCGCAGUGGUGCAUCAGUCAUUUAUGAGGUUACCUUAUAGGAUGUGUAUUCCAACCACACCAAAAAAUAAAAGACAUCGCAAAUGUUGGUGUCUAAGGGAAAUUGUGUAUAUCUCACUGGUAACAUGGUGUUGGGGAGCUGGAUCCAUUGAACUGAUUUGUUGUUUGUAAAUGGUUCUGUAUGAGUGUUUCCACCUGCUUCUGUCACUAAGUAAAAUGUAGUGGUUCCAGGGAACCAUUGCCCUGGCAUGUAGAGAUAUUGUGCAAAUUGUCCAAAAUGGCCUCUUUGUGUGGUCUAGUUAACACUUGAUGCCAUUAUAAUUAUGUGAAUGUACAAAAGCAGAUCUUGAUGUUUUGCAGAAGAGGGCUACAUCUUAUUCAAAUGCCAAUUUAUUGUUAACCAUCCCAAAUUUUAUUCUUAUGCCGAAAAUUUGUUUUUAUUAUCCAGUACAAUGUGUGGCUAUUACAUAGCACAGGGAACAAUCCAAAUGUAUUUUAUGUUGAUGCUUUUUUUGUUGUCCAAUAAAAAGAAGGGGUCCUCUUGGAA